AUCAGCAGCCGCCUGUCCAUCUUCCCGCCCUGCUCGGCUGUUAGGAUAUAGCAGCUGCUCUAGAAGAUUCUUGUCAGUGAAGUGAAGGCGACUCAGAGGUCGUAAAGGUGGUGUGCCGUUACUACCGCUAGCUGCGCUUUCUGGGUUUCAUAUUGCGACUUGCAGUGUCUGUCAUGACUCGUACAGUCGAGUUGGAAAUCUUGGACGCUGGAAACGACUCCUUGGGGAACAAGGUUUCUGCAGAUGCCACAGCUAGGAAUUACAGUGAUGGCAGUUCAGUCAAAGCUCGUAAUGAGGAAAAGCCUAGUAAAGUGUAUGAGAAUGAGGCAAACAAUAACAGGACAAAGGAGAUGACUAAUAUUAUGGAUGAUCUGAGUUUAAACUCUCCAAAAGAUCGUCCAUCUCGCUCAAGGUCUAAAACCCGGUCCAUUAAGCGCAAGUCUUCAAGCUCCUCAAGCAGUUCAAGCUCUUGUUCCAGCUCAUCUCGGUCCUCACAUUCAAGAAGCUGGAGUAGGUCUCGCUCAAGAGAGAGACGAUAUCAGAGGAAAAGAAGCAGACGAAGCUCCAGGUCUUAUUCUCGUGGCCGGUCUUACUCCAGAAGCUACUCCAGAAGUCGUUCAAGAUCCUACAGCCCCCGACAGAGGAGAAGAUAUUCUGCUGCAUAUAGAAGAUACUAUAGAUCCCCACCUAGAUAUAGGUCACGUAGCCGCUCACGUUCAUAUCAUAGAAGCCGAUAUUCACGAAGCAGAUCACCCUCCCGUGGUAGAAGGUAUUACGGCUUUGUUCGACGUCCAUAUUCUCCUACUUACCGGUCUUAUAGAAGUCGCUCAGGGACCCGCUCUCGCAGCAGAACACCAUUGCGUUUAAGUGAAGAAGAAAAAAUGAAGUUAUUAGAAAUUGCAAAAAUGAAUGCAUCAAAAGCCCUUGGAAAGGAGGUUGAGCUCCCUGAAAGCCUGAAGAGCCUUAAGCAACCCAAAACAGAAAACUCAACAGGCAAAAAAGAGAGAACUCGCCACCACAGUUCUUCUUCACAUAAUUCUGGUAUAAAGGUGGAAGAUAAAGAAAGUGCUCUCCACGAACAAGUAACUGAGCUCAAAACAAAAAGUCCUUAUGUGCUCUGGCGUCCUGUGACCAGCGAAGCAAAAUCCUUUUCUAAAAUCUUAUCUCCAAAACAUGCACAUACAAGCAGAGAAAGAUAGUGGUGUUUGGCUAUUUUGUACAUUUGCAAUUUCUUAUAUUUAGAUAGUUGUACCUAGGGAAUUGGGGCUUAAUACAGAUCUUGAGGGUGGCUUAUACUGUAAGUUAUUGAAUAUUGGGUCUUAUUUUUCAGAUGUGGCCUAAUUCAAGGUGGACAGCAUAUUCAGGUGGGAAGUAUAUAUAUUUUUUUUCUGUAAAUAUUUGUACCAUAAGAUUAUAUAUUUGAAGAUAAAUGAGUCAUCAUAUUUUUGUUUUCUUAUGAUAAAGCUAUACAUGUUCAUGCUCAUUGUAGCUUACAGUUGAGACUUUUUUUUUUCUC